AUGACUGACAAGUUACCCCCUAACUUGUUGGCGCUCUUUGCCGCGCGACCUCCGCUGCGAUGGGUAGAACCCUCUGACCAUGCGCCUGAGAAGCGCAGGACAGCUCCCAUCGGUGGCGUUGCUGCUUUCCUGCCUGAGCUUCAAAAGUACAAGGAGACGGACAAGUACGAGCCCACCGAGAGCUGGCUGGAGAUGCGCGAUCGGAAAAAGCGAGAGGCAAAGGAGAAUGCUACGAAUCUUGUUACCGAGGGGCCCAAUCAAUUCAAACCAAACGAGGAUCCCAACAUCCGUGGAGAUGCCUUCAAGACUCUCAUUGUUGCCCGCCUUAGCUAUGACGCCGAAGAGCGUGAUCUGGAAAGAGAGUUUGGGCGGUUUGGCCCCAUUGAACGUAUUCGCAUUAUUGUUGAUACCCAUGCUCACGAGAAGCCUAACAAGAAGAAGAAACCACACAGAGGUUACGCAUUUGUUGUUUUUGAGCGCGAAAAAGAUAUGAGAGCUGCCCUGGACGCUUGUGAUGGUAUUCGCAUCAAAGACAGGCGUAUCAAGGUGGAUGUUGAACGCGGUAGGACUGCUAAGAACUGGCUGCCCCGCAGAUUAGGCGGUGGCCUAGGCGGUCGAGGCUAUACCCGAGCCAUGCCAUCUCGCCCUGGCGGCCCUGGAGGCUUUGGAGGAGGUGGCGGAGGAGGAGGAGGAGGCUUCCGCGGAGGCUUCAAAGGAGGUUUCGAAGGAGGCCGAGGCCGAGGCGGAUUCCGUGGAGGCUUUGGUGGUGGCCGUGGAGGCGGAUUCCGAAGCGGUGGCGGCGACUUUGGCCCUAGAGGCGGCGACAGAGGCGGCGACCGAAGCGGCUUUGGAGCACCCAAUGGAGCCCCGUCCGGCCCUGGAGGAUUCGACAGAAGAAACGGAGAUCGAGGCUUCUCUGGUGGUGGGUAUGAGUCUCGAGGCGGCGGACGCUCAUAUGACGACAGAUCUGGCGGCCACCGAGAUGGCGGCGGUCGGUAUGGCGAUCGUGACCGUGAACGAGACCGCGACCGCGACCGCGACCGUGAUCGAGACCGUGGUGACCGUGGUGACCGUGGUGACCGUGAUCGUGAUCGAGACCGCGAGGGACGUCGGACCGGUAGUAACAUGGAACCCAUUGGCCGCAGAGAAGGUGGGUAUCGGGAGAGGGACUAUGAUCGCCCACGCGAUGAAGACAACCGGAAGCGAGGAUACGAGGGUGGUGGCCACGAGGACCCUCGAAAGCUGCGCCGCUACUAA